GCGACGUACACCCGGCUAACGCACUUCCUAAACACAAGCUAAUGAGUUUCCUUCUGUUUAAUGUAAAGCGCCUCAUGGAUCUGGCUUGCAAACCACUCAGUCACUCAUGUUGGAAAGCAGGUGGAAGUCUCUCUACGAGAAGUUUGCAUUAACCUAAAAUAUUCUUCAGUUUGAGUGGUUUCUAAGAGUGAAAGGCGCUGCUGUAUGCUGUGUAACUUCCCGUCAUGGCCUUGUCCUCCGAGGUGAAUGACAAUGUAGAGGAGGAGGUGGUGGUGGUGUCGACCCCUGACAGUUCAGGCCAGAAUCCAGCAAUGGAGGAAAUGCUGAGCACCGCCGAGCUACAACAGACAGAUGAAGACAUUGUGGAGCAGCAUCUGGAAGCUGAAGCCAGUUCUGCCAUCUCUUUUCCUAACGAAGUAGUUCUUGUGAAACUUUCAGAAGAUACAGAUGUGGAGACCGACAUUCUGUACCAGAUAACCUGUGGAGACAGCAAAGCUGACCUCAUGUGGAAGAAAUUUGUCUGCCCUGGCAUCAAUGUAAAAUGUGUGCAGUUCAACAAUCACCUGAUCAGUCCAAAAGAGUUUGUGUACCUGGCUGGAAAGUCCACUCUGAAAGACUGGAAGAGAGCGAUUCGGCUCAAUGGGACAAUGUUAAGGAAGAUCAUGGACUCUGGAGAGCUGGACUUCUAUGAGCAUUCGAAGCUGUGCUCCAACACAUGUCGCAGCACUAAGAUCGACCUGGUGGGAACACGAGCUUCUCUCAGCAGCCAGGCGUCCACCGAGACCCUACUAACUCCAUCUACAGCUGAAGCAAAUGGAUCUGUGGCUACGUUUUCUACUGACGCAUCUGAAGACAGUACAGAGUGGGUCACAGCUGUAGGAGAGGACACCAUAACAUUCUGGAGAGGUCUGAAGGACGCCGGGCUGCUGGAGGACAUCAUGGAUGAUCUGCAAAAAGAGAUGGAGGUGGUGCUCAAAGGACUGCAGGAACGCAUCCAAGAACCUCCGAUACAGAUUAAGGAUGCGGCUCUGCUAAAUAACAUCGUGCAGAACUUCGGGAUGUUGGACCUGGUGAAGAAAGUGCUGGCCAGCCAUAAGAGUGAGAUGGACCGCUGCAGAGAACAGUACACGCAGAGCUUAGUCGCUCUGGAACGUCAGUGUGACGACCACCGAAAGCGUGCCAAGGAACUGAAGAGCAAGUCCCAGCACCUCAACAACGUCCUAAUGACCCUCGCCCCAGUCAGCACGCCUUCUGCCCCCAAGCGACCCCGCCUCACCCGUGCCGUGUCCGGCCCCGCCUCAGUCAUGGCUCUUCCUCCUCAGCCUGCUCAGUUCACUCUGCCCAUCACCCAGCUCGCCGGUAUUUCACUGGAUAAAAUCCUGUCCGCUAUAGGAGCUUCGGCUCCGGCUCAUUCGCCUCUCAUCGGGAGCUACACGGUUCUAGCAUCUCCAGGGGGGGCGGAACUGCAGCACGACACCUCCGGUCUCACCGUGCUCAAUCCGGACGGGACAGCCGGGCCUGCUAUUGUUAGACUGCUCAGCCCCCUCCAGCUAGUCACUCUGCCGGCGCUGGGGGCAGGGGCCACGCUGCAAAACCUGGCAGCGCCAGCAGGGGGUGGAACAAUCAUGGCAGUGCCGGUCAGCACGGCAGUGGAGACUGUGGUAACUCAGGCAGAGGAGCCAGAAGGAAGCACCGAACAGCAGAACAAAGACAAGCAAUAAGAACUGAAGUUAAAAGUUCAGAGAAAUUCAAAGGACAAAAAUAGUGUGUAGUGAUGAGUUUCUAGUGUGUGUGUGUGUGUGUGUGUGUGUAGAAUUAUGUGCUGCUUUGUAAUGAAAUUUUGCACUGCAUUAUUACAUUGUGUUGCCGAACAUUUGAUUUAAAUGUGCUCUUUUUCCAUUCGAUCUCCAAAAUCAAAGAAAACGACUAGAAUCUUUCUCCAAAUGUAAUAAAAGUUUUAAAAAGUGUUCACACAUUUACAUUUUCAGCAUUUAGCAGACGUUUUUAUCCAAAGCGACUUACCGGGGGAUGACCGGACUGUGACAGUACAUUGUCUAAGCAAUUAUGGGUUAAGGGCUUUGUGGCAACCUGGCAGUGGUAGGGCUUGAACCAGCGACCUUUUGAUUACUAGUCCAGUACCUUAACCGCUAGGCUACAAUUGCUACACACCUUUUAUAGUUAUUAUUAUGUUAUUAUAUAGUUGUUGUACACUAUAUGGUCAAAAGUAUUUAGACACCUGACCAUGAGCUUGUUUUACAUCCCAUUUCAAAAACAAAUGGUAUAGGCGCCCAGGUGGCACGGCGGGAUAUUUCCGCUAGCGCACCAGCGCCGAGAUUCCGAACUCCUCGGCUGGCCGCCAUCUAGCGGGCAUAAUUGGCAGUGCCUGUAGUGAGGGAUGACCGGACUAUGUGGGAGGGGUCUUCAAAUGCUGUGUAAGGACCCUGAUUGGCAGAUAGAGAGGUGACUGUGCAGAGUGCAUGGAUGAAAAAGGGUUCCGUUAAGGGUUGCGCGCGGGUCGGAAGAGGCGUGAGCGGCAAUAUACCCACCUCGACUGCAAUCAGGGAUCCCCCAGCAGCGGAAGACAAAUUGACCACACUAAAUUGGGAAUAAAUACGUAAAUAAAAUAGGAAAAAAAAUGGUAUUAAGACAGAGUGACCUUCUGACUUUGAAGAAUGUCUGUGGGAAUUUGUGCCCAUUCAGUAUAUAAUAGCAUAUAGGAUUCGUAUGGCUGGGCAUUGAUGUUGGUCAGUAAAGCCUCAGUUUAUGUUCCAGUUCAUUUCAGAGCUGUUUAGUGGGGCUGAGGUCAGAACUCUGUGCAGGACACUGGAGUUGGGGUACAGUAAUGCUGGAGCAGGAAAUCUGCUAAGCUUCAUCUGUUGUACUUUUAGUCAAGACCAUUAACCCUAAGGCUUAAAAGAUAAUCCUUUACUUGUAAAAUGUAUGUAAGGGAGGAGUGAGUAGGUGACUUUUGAAAAUAAAUAAAUAAACAAAUGUAUUUUUGUGA